GCCGCGAUGUGCACGAGGGACUGGUCGCGAUUAAAACGAAGUCACGUCUGUCCGGAACUCUCGUACUCUUUAUGCAAAUUGGCGAUUAACGGUCACGGCACGUGCUCAGACAUCGUGAGAAACCUCCGAGGAAGCCACUGUCGCCGUUCGCCAAGUUUCGUCAGCUUGAUAGGCAACACAGCGCGCCUGUAUCACCUUUAUCGCCAAGCUCGUUUAGCUCUCUAAAAUCACCGGGAACGGACUUCCGAUUCAAAUUCACCGAACCAGCUGUACGGGACAAUGCUGCGCAGAUCAAAGAGCGAUUGUUGGCGUGGUGCCGAUCAAAGACCAAAGAAUACGAU